AUGGCGGCGGCGGAGGUGUACUCGCCGACCGCGGCGGCGGCGGCGCAGCAGCAGCAGCGGGGGAAGGCGGCGUCGCAGGCGUGGCGGGCGGUGGUGGGGUGGAUCGGCUUCCUCCUCCAGGUCCUGCUCCAGAUCCUCCGGGGCACGCCCUCCUGCGCCCAGCUCCUGUCCUUCGUCGGCUUCCGCUACCCGCUCCUCUCCGGGACCGCGGCCUCGGAGCCGUCGCCGGAGGUGGCCUUCAUGCCUCUCCGCUCCGAGAUCCCAGCUGACGCGGCGCCUGCCCCGACACCUGCGCCUGAGCCCCUGGGCCGCCUCACGGUAGUGCUUGACUUGGAUGAGACUUUAGUUUCUGCAUAUGAAUCAUCUAGUCUUCCUGCUAUUGUGCGCACACAAGCUGUUGAAGCAGGAUUACAUUGCUUUGAUAUGGAAUGUAUAUCGUCUGAUAAGGAUGUUGAAGGAAAACAGAAGGUGAAUCAUGUGACUGUUUUUGAGCGUCCUGGUUUGCAUGAGUUCUUGCAGAAAACUAGUGAAUUUGCAGAUCUUAUUCUUUUUACAGCAGGUUUAGAAGGUUAUGCUAGACCUUUAGUUGACCGAAUAGAUGUUCACAAUAGAUUCAGACUUCGUCUCUAUCGCCCAUCAACUGUUACCACGGAAUACAGAGAACAUGUGAAAGAUCUUUCUUGCGUGUCAAAAGAUUUCGGCAGGAUUGUCAUUGUCGACAACAAUCCGUUCAGUUUCAUUCUUCAGCCUUUGAAUGGAAUACCUUGUGUUCCAUUUUCAGCUGGACAACAUUCUGAUGACCAGCUCAUGACGGUUAUAUUUCCACUCCUGAAGCAUCUUUCCCUCCAGAAAGAUGUCAGACCUGUAUUGCAUGAAAGGUUUCAUAUGCCAGAAUGGUUCCAAAAGCAUGGGAUCCCCCAAACAAAUCAGGCUGUGUAA